UGGCCGUUGAUUUUUCGCUGACAAAAAUUGUGGUUACCGUAAUUUUCGAAUUUGAGUUAAAUACUACAACCUCAUACAUAUGUACCUUCUCUCUCUUUCUCCAAUAGAUUCUUUGUGUAGAUUCUUCAACAUCUCAGAGAUCAAAGGAUCUUGGCAUUGAGAAUCUGUCAUUUGAAUUUCUUUCUGAACACUGAUUAGGCAAACUUGGUAUGGGAGUUGUGACUGUUUCUAGCUCAGCUGCUCGAACUCCACUAGGAUUGAAAACAAAGUUUUCGAGUCACCAUCCGGUACUGAAGAGACCUUUAACAGUAGCAUUUAAAGGAGAUAAACAGAAUGAUACUACUUUGGUUGCAACUCAAGAGAAAAUUCCUAUGCAAGUUGAUACAGCCAAGACACACAAGAAAAGGAUAGCGAAAACCAAAAAACUACCUAAGAAAGCAAGAGUGGUCUUCACAGAGGAAACUUUUCCGUCUUCAUUGGAUGUAGACUAUAAUGAAGCUGCUGCGAUACUUGAAAAUAUAUACAAACUUAGCCCGACAUCUGAUGUAUGUAAUGCAGACUAUAUAGAUUGUAAGAUCAAAAGAGUCUCUCGAAGGGGUAAGAAGAUUGGUGAUGUAAGUAAAGAGGAGUUAGACAAUGAUAGGGUAGUCAGAAACCAGAAUGUGAAAGCCAAACGAUUGGAUCUUGAUGAGAGGAUUGCAUUAAAAAAGAACAAUAGUGAAGAUGCAAUUCCCACACGGAAAAAAAGAAAUGUCACGAGUAAAAUUGAGAAGAUUGAUGAACUUCUUAGGGAAUAUUCAGUACCUGCUGAUUUUGUCAGUCUGGACUGGAAAAAAAUGAAAAUACCUCCAGUUCUUCAUUCUUCAGAGCAUGCAUUUUUGUUCAAGUUGAUGCAACCAAUGAAGGCACUCCAUCAAGUGAAAGAAGAUUUACAGAAGGAGCUAGCAAGAGAACCUACAGAGGAUGACAUAGCUGACGCAACACACAUGCGCACUGCUCAAGUAAAGAAAGCAAUAGAGGUCGGUCGAGCUGCAAGAAACAAGCUAAUUAAGCACAAUCUCCGGCUUGUCUUGUUCGUGAUCAACAAAUAUUUUUCAGAUUUCGCCAAUGGAUCAAGGUUUCAAGAUCUCUGUCAGGCAGGAGUUAAGGGACUUAUAACAGCGAUUGAUCGUUUUGAGCCAAAUAGGAAAUUUCGGCUUUCAACUUACAGUUUGUUUUGGAUACGACAUGCUAUCAUUCGUUCCAUGACCCUCUCAAGCUUCUCACGUGUUCCCUUUGGACUUGAGUCGGUUAGAGCAGAGAUCCGAAGAGCUAAGCUUGAGUUGACAUUUGAGCUUCAGAGGCCACCAACAGAGGAAGAAGUAAUAGAAAGAGUUCAUAUAUCCCCUGAAAGAUACCGUGACGUAAUGAGGGCAUCUAAACCCCUUCUUUCGCUGCAUUCGAGACAUCUAAUCACGCAAGAAGAGUUUAUCGAUCGGGUUGUUGAUGAUGGUGGUGUUGAUGGUGAUAAUAGGAGGCAACCUGCUCUGCUAAGGCUUGCUCUUGAUGACGUGCUUGAUUCCCUAAAGCCUAAGGAGAACUUGGUGAUCAGACAGAGAUUUGGACUUGAUGGUAAGGGUGACAGAACUUUGGGAGAAAUCGCCUCAAACUUGAACAUCUCUAGGGAAAUGGUGAGAAAGCACGAAGUCAAGGCUCUCAUGAAGCUCAAGCAUGCAGCUCGGUUGGAUUAUCUUCGUCGCUAUGUUGUAUAAAUCGGCUAAUUUGUAUGAUUACCUUAUACAAAUACUUGUGUUUGUGGUUGAACCAGCUUACCUAGUCACAUAGUAUAGUGAUGAUUUGCAUCACCGGUCAUUUAAAUUCCCCAGAUCAUAAUUCAUAUGUAAUUUGUAUACCAUAGACUUGAAAUCGCACAAUGUACAUAACCGCCUAUACAUGUUACAUGUAAUGCUUCUUCUUUUGAUGAAUAUACAUUCUACAACGGACGAGAUGUUGUAAUGGUGUUGGGUGUAA